AUGAAUUACACAUACGACUUCCAGGGCACCAAGUUAGUCCAUCGCCCUGCCAAGGGUCACACCGACUUCAAGCCACCAAAGCAAAAGGCGGCGCCGCACAGGCGCGGCCUGGACCCUGAAGAUCUCACUCGACGCCUCCAAUUUGUCAUUGCCGAGCGCAAGGCCAUCGACGCAGAGAAGCGCAGGUCGCGUACCGUGCCAUCGUCGAGCAGCAGGCCCUUCCGCACACAAGAGUUUAGCGAGGCCAAGUCCCUCCGCCGCCGGACGGCAGCGCUCGACUCGCCCAAGGACAAGCGCAGGACCAAAGGGGUCGACCACCAUUCAGAAAACAGUCUGGCGGCACGGUUCCGCCGACGCGCCUCGAAAGCCGCCCUUGACGAACAGCAGAACCCCGCAGACCUGGCAGCUUCAAAUGGCCCAUACGUCCCACGAGUGGCGGCUUCACAGUUCGCAGACACGACGCUGGGAGAGUCACCCCCAGACAAGUCGCAGAUCCACAAACUGUCGCGUGCGGCCCUCAAAUACCACAUGGACGGCAUCAACGGCGAUUUCCAGGUCGCCUCCACUGCCGUGCCCGGUGCCGCGCCAAUCAAACAGGCCCAGGCUCUGCGACGAGCCCAGACCCUGCGAGAGAGAAACUACGACCGCAACCAGUUCCAGGCCUCCUCCAUGCCCGACAACCUCGAGCCCGUCAUCACGUCCCCGACUCUGUUCAAGCGUCGCAGCAUCUACACCGCGCACACCUCUGAGGAGAAGCAGCUCCGCGCGUCUCGCAGGAAGAGCACCGGCAGCUUCCUAGGCGGAGACUCGUCGUCAUCCCCUAGGCAAUCCGUGUUCGCUCCGCCGCUGAACCCCACGGACCUGGCCGCCGUCGCCGAGGCUCACCGAGUAGAUUGGACCCAGAGUGACGAGGCGACCGCCACACCGCCGCCGCGGCCUAAGUCUACCUCACCGACCCAAAGCACCAAAGGCGAGUCGAGAUGGAAGUUUCGCGGUCGUCUCAACAGCUUCCAUAGAAAUAAGGAGGAAAAGACCCCCUCGCCACCCGCUGAUGGUCUGGAGCUGCCGAAAUCUCCCAUCGCAGCCUUGUUUGCUCGAUUCAGACGGUAA